AUGUCUCAAGACUGGAAGCUACACGACUUGGGUAUUCCCAACCCUUUCAACGAUCCAUGGAUUGUCAGAGUGAUUAGAAAUCCGGAACACCUUCCAAUGUCGGAACUUUUAGCGGUUCCAAAAGACGAGGACUCAGAGUACGAGAACGAUAGAUGGACAAACAGAGACCUGAUUCCGAUUCCAAAAGACAGACAAACUUGGACGUCUUUGUCAUAUUUUGGGUAUUGGGCUGUUGCAGGAAUGGGUAUUCCAGGAUGGUCGAUGGGUGCCUCUGCUUUGGCAUACGGACUCAACUGUAAACAAGCUCUGGGAGCAAUUGCAGGUGGUUCGAUGAUCGUUGGUCUUAUUGCAGUGUUGAUCGGUGUCAUUGGGCAAAGAUGCAGGAUCGGCUACACUGUCUCGUCGCGUGCUAUUUUUGGUUUCUACGGCUGUUUCCUGCCGAUUGCAAUCAAGUCCUUUAUCGCCUGUAUUUGGCAAGGAUUGCACUUUUAUUACAUGGGUCAAGGUUUUGUGGGUACGCUGGGUGCUCUGUCGCCUGUUUUUAUUACAGGAAGUAUGGGAGAACCCUUCUCAAGCUGGAGUCCUCUAACUAAGAACGAGUUGGUUGGUGUUUUCCUGGCAAUCAUUCUUUUUUCUGUCACCAUGCUGAUUCCACCAGAGAAAAUGCAACCAAUGGUCCACAUUUCUUUCGUGCUUCAAACAGGCUCCUUCUUCGGAAUGAUGGGCUGGGCCAUUCACGCAAAUCAUGGAAAACUGGGUCCUCUGUGGAGCGAAAGUGGCAGCCAAGACGUGAAUCCCACCUGGGCCGCGUUCUACAUGAUCAGCAAUAUGUGUGGCUCCAGUUCUGGAGUCCUGGGGCAGAGUGAUUGGACCAGAUACGCCAAGACCAAGUUUGCUCCAAACUUCAGUCAGAUCAUCACUGCGCCGGUGACUAUGUUCUUGACUGCUGCCAUGGGAAUCUUUGCUUCCGCCGCCAUGGAGCCAGUUCUGGGGGCUAUUUACUGGAACCCGCUGACUCUGUUGCCUAAGCUGCUAACGUUUUACGACUUUAGUCCUGCAGUCCGUGCAGGUGUUUUCUUUGCCUCGUUUGGAAUUGUGUCCGGACAGCUCUGGCAAGCUGUCCUUUUAACAGCCUGCAGUACUGGUAUGGAUAUUUCGGGUUUCGCUCCAAGAUACAUCAACAUCCGUCGCGGGAGUUAUGUGAUGACCGUUAUUGGCCUUUGCUGCCAGCCAUGGAAACUUUUGGCAACGUCCAAUACGUUCUUGACAGUUCUCAGUGGAUUUGCUGUCUUUGUUGGUCCCCUGGUGGGAGGAGCACUUGCCGACUUCUUUGUGGUGAGAAGAAUGAAAUAUAAGCUCUGCGAUCUUUACAGAACAGAGCCCUCCAUUUACUGGACUAAAUGGGGGCUCAACUGGCGUGGACUUCUAUCAUUCACCCUUGGAUUUGCGCCAACCAUUGCUGGUCUCGCCUGCACUGCAGGAAACUAUUACAUGUCACCCGGCUACGAAAGGUUCUACAAUCUGAAUUACCUGGUUGGACUAUUUAUUAGUUUCUUUGCUCAUUCACUAAUUUGUUACGUCUUUCCACCUCCGGGUCUGGGACUCGAGGCGCCAUUCGCAGAAAUUGACGAUCAAACCGAAGUCUAUGUUAGCGAGAAGUCGGGGUUUAUCACUGAGGUGACAGAAAAGGAUGGCUCCAGCUCUGUUUAA